GCUCUUUUAGAUUCACUGUGGGGAUCAGUAUUCUGGAUCAUAAUGUUUUUAAAAGGUGCCUUCUUGGAUGGGUGUUAUUGUUUAUUAAUAUAAUUGCACAUUAUGUACUUGCAAUAUUGAACUUGCGAAAAAUUGUGCUUGUAACAUAUUUGUAAAAGGUAAGGGGCAGGACAAACUUGAAAAGUUCUCAUUGCUGAGCAAGUCACAUGAAGACAAUGCAAGCAGGCUAGUGUUUCUCAACUGCCUUCCUGGCCAGGUAACAACAGCAUAGGAUUUCACCACUGCAGUCUGCUGAUUUCUAUUUCAAAACAUGUGCACAAAAACCACCAAACUAACCUGACCUGACCUCAGAUCCAGCAUGGAAUUUAAACACUGCACAGCAAAACGGUCAAAGCAGUCUUUAUAGUACUGCACAGGGACCCUGAUAUUGAUUAAGGAGCUCUUUAAUGGAUAGGGUGCCAGUUCUGUGAAAGAAAUGAGCAAGAAUCAGUGUGGUUAGCAGAGAUGCCAAGAUAUUUCUACACAUCCUUUAGUCCUCCACUAAAUGUUUUAGGUUUAAUUACAAAAUGUGUUUGCAAUGUACAGUAGGUCUUCCGUAUAUCUGCUGUGGAAAGAUCUUGACACACAAAGCAAACUUGUUUAACUCUCUGACAGCAUUAAUUAAGUCAUGUUGAAACCCACUCAGUCAGCUUCGCUGGCAGUAACUCUAUUGGUUUGGCUGGCACCCUGCUGUUGACAGGUAAAAAUGAGAUUAAGAAAGGCAACAGGGGCUGUUCAAAACAACCUGGGAGAUCACAAUGUUCUACUCACUGUGAUACAAAGGUAUUUAGCAGGUUAUUGGAGACAAAUGAUUGACGACAUUCUUUUUCUGCUGGUAAACCGAUCAUGAUAGUCUAAGGUACUGACUGUGAACCUUAUUCAUAAACCAUUAUAUAGUUAACGAUGAAGUAUUUUUGUUUAAAAAGCAGAGAUUGUUUUUCGUGGUGGUUGAUGCUUGCACUGGAGAAAUUAAAAGCAGACGGCACAUAGACAUGUUCAGUGUUCCUCAGGCUACCAGCGCCAUCGAUGCUUACAUUAUCUCCACAGUCAAAGAAAGGUCAAUAGUUUUGGUGUGUUCUAGAGAUAUCAAGGACCUGCCGAUAAACUCUGGACUUUCAGCAUUCAUGAAACUAGGCUCUUCAAAUCCCAUUGGACUCUUCAGGAAAGGAAGUUUUGCGCUGCUGGGUUAUAAGGGCCAACCCAACCCACCCUGGAUUAAGAUUAUAAAUCGAGCUGUGGGGCUAGAAGCUGCCUCGCUCCAGCAAUACGUUCCUCUGAACCUGAAUGAGUACAGAUGUCCUGGCCAAGGGAGAGAGUACAGAAAAGAUGAAAAGCUCUUGAGAGGGCUGCUGCAACAGAACCAACUGGAACUGGAGGGCUGGAGAGGCCCAUAACAGACACAGAGCUGUUCGUCCACGUUACUAAUUUCAAGCACCUCUGUAUAAAUAAUGAAACAAAAUUAAUAAAAUUACAAACAACAAAACAUUCCUUGAACUGUGCUC